AUGUCCUCACACCCCACUUAUCUUCCAACAAAGGCAUACUUCUAUGCCACGGGCAAUACCCCUGCUGUGGAUCUCCUGGAUUCCAUUCCGCCAGAAGAUGAUGGCCGCGUAUUGAUUCUAGGAUGUGGUGAUCCAAGGAACAUCCUGCAUUCUGUAUAUACCAGGGGGGAUCCCGGUGAUCGUCGGCUCGAUGUAACCUGCUGCGACAUAGAGCCUGCAGUCAUAGCACGGAAUGUUCUGCUGUUGACUCUGAUCACCGAGCUGGAUCUCAGUUCGGAUAAUACCUUGCCCCAAAUAUGGGCUCUCUUUUACCAUUUGUAUCUGGACAAGAUUACUCUCGACCUCGUCGUUUCACAGUCCCAAAAGCUGGCCGAAGCCUCCAGUGACCUCGCCACUUGGUCAUCUUCUCCCUACGCCAGCUUCAUCAAGUUAUGUUCUGCUCACACGUGUUCUGAGCUCAACCGCUGCUGGACCAAGUAUGUGGAGAUGGGCACACGCCCCGCAAGUGAGCAGCUGUCGGCACGCGCUCGUUUCGCGAAGGAGAUGAAGCAAGAAAGACAGUACGACGAGGUCGACACCUCCAUCCGGACGUCGGGGCCUUGGUUCGUAGACAUGAUGCUGGUGGGAAACAAGCACUUCAGGAACUACUGGGACACCGGCGUUACGUCGAUCAGCACGUCUUCCGAAAAGGCCACGUAUGUGAACCCGACAUUCGGAUUCACGUCGGUAGGCGGCGAGCGCUUUCUUGUUCACUACGGCUCCGACCCCAUCCUCGAUUUCCACCUCGCUCCCGUGUUGGCGCCGGUAGAAGGGGGAAAGAGUGUUCUCAAAGACGAUCUGAAAGUGAGCGACCUGGAUACGUGCGCGCUGGACGAACUCCGGGGGUGGUGUGCUUCAUUCAAGCGCGCGGUCAGAACCCCCAGAGUCACUGUUCGGUACUUUGUAGGCGACGCCCUCGCAUUCUGCUACGCACUCCAAGCCAAGAACGAGGGUAUCGAUCGUCGCACCGCCCCAUUCAUACAUUCUUCGACAAGCCAGACCAUCACACUGAAUAAAGAUGAUUACGGUGACGCUGGACCAGCACCAACACGCUUCAAUGUCCUCGAAUCAUCCAACCUGGCCGAUCACACAGGCCUUCUCAACCUUCUACCAGCAGCGAUACCCCUCCUCGAAGAGUCUCCAUCGUCUGUGCUCAUCACCGACACUCUUCUCCCUGCCGGCGAGAGUUCGCAGAGAGCUCUAGAACAUCAUCUCUGCGGCGACGUUGCGGUCAUGUCGCUUCUCCUCGGUGUGGCACCCACGGCCUACUCUUCUGGGUUCUCGUCGGUAUCCAAGGUCAACGAGAGCCUCUUCAGCAGCGCGUCAUCGGCUACGCACCAAUCUCGAGAAACGUUCAUUUGGAGAUUCACCUCUGUUCAGGAUGGCACUGCGACGAAGCCGGUCUUCAACGCCUCUCAGCUCGCUGGGUUCCUGCAUGGCGUCUACUUAAAGAUGUUUUCAUCGGAAAAUGUAUCGCAGCUUCGAGGGAUCCAGUCGAAUCCGUCCGCACAAAAGUUCGCUGGAUUGGCACUCAAACACUACACUCGACGCAGCUUUGCCAUCCUCCUGCGGUCUAUACGAGACCGUGUAUCGACAGAGUGGGACUUCAUGUUGUCUUUGCUGACAGGCCGCAUCGAGGACGACACGAGCUUGAUUAUAGGAUCAAAUUCAUUCCAGGAUCUGUACGGGUGGCUUCAUUUAACGGGCCUCUAUACCCCCGGUACUCUCGAACUCAACCAAACCGCCGUGUCAACCAAAGAUAGUGGUGGAGGCCGGUUCCAGCGAUGGAAGGACAUCCCUGGGAUGGUAUGCGUUGUGAUUGUCGUCCCUCGACAACGCCUUCGGAUUCUCACGGAUCUCGACCCCAUGGAAGUUGGCACCCCUGUCCUCCACGCAGAUGUGCGCCUGCCGUACGCCCAUAAUAUGUUCUCCUCAAUACAGCUCUGCUUCGGGACGUGUCGCGCUGUGGAUAACCAGGCCGAGCCCGGAGUCGACAUGGUGGAGAUUGACGAAGACCCUGCUGGACUGCGCGGCACCUCCCCCAUGAUCGUUUCUGUCUGGAUGCCAGCAUGGAUUCUGCGCCAAGAUCCCGCUAAUACCAAGGUCGGGCUGUCCAUCCACCCUUCGCCGUUCUUGGUGCUGAAGCUGAUGCCGCGGCUCGGCAUGCAUCUCGCGCUCUUUGAUACGAAGUUGACGGAUACGCAGCAUGUACACAUCGUACGCGACCGCCCUGGGAUGUUCGGGUCCGAACGCACUCUGUUCUCGAAAUUGCCGACACCCGUGAAGAGCUUCGUGCACGAUGCGGCGUCGAAUGCGAAUGACGUCGAGCUGGACUUUGGUUGCGAGAGGAUCGCGCUGCUCAAAUCUAGGGUGGACAUCGUGGAUCCCGAGGCGAAACAGGCACUCGCUAGCGGUGCCGAGGUCGAGUCCGCACAACGGAGUAAUUCUACGGUUGCCGUGAUUAUCCAGGGCAUCGAGCAUGUCAUCAACUUCGAUGUUCCUGUCGACGUGAGGUCUGUCAAGCUCAGGAUUGCCCGCAAGUCGAGUUAUGUUGAGGUGCAUGUGCCUGUUGCCCACGACGACCGUCGCUUGCACAGAUUCUUCGACCCUUCUCCUGUGCUCGUGAAGAACGCCCCUCCCCUCUUGCGAUACAUCCAUUACUUGGACCUGGACACACUCCCCAUUCUGGACACCGAAAACCCCGAGCGACUCAGUCUUCUACGCGUGCAUAUGGCCGGCGCAUUUUCCCAACGUGAGCGAACAAUGCGGGAUACCGUCCCUCAGGAGCAGCGAGAUACCAUUUGCAACGUCAAAGACUCCAUUGCGUCGAUACUGCUGAUCGCGGCAGGCGUCCAGCAAGUCAAAUCAAAGGUGUUUGCUCUCGACAUGCCCCCGGACAUCGGCAUCUACACCCUUGUCUUUGUCGAGGACCUCCGUGUCGAUCUUGCGUCCAGUACUGUUGUCGUCGAUGCAUACAUCCUCCCGCUCACAAGAGCAGUGAUGUCCAAGAUUUUCGACGAUCUGAAUGCACUGUCUCCAGGCACAGUCAGCGUCGUCACGCACCGCGAUGAGAUGAUCGCCUGGAAGCGUCUCCUCCCCGCUUUCACUGAACGAUGUCGCAAAUGGAACCACAGGCCAGAUUGCGAGUACACCCAGACAGGCAAAAUCCCACUGUCGACCGAGGCGACGGAAGUGCCUAUCUGCUCAUGCGGGGUCGGGAAGGACGUCGGGACGUUUGCUAUGCGCCACAAGUGGAAGAGCGUCGCGCCAUACGUGACGCGCGCGGCCAUCAGUCCGCUCUUUGCGGUGGCUUUCUUGGAGGAACUGGGGACGCCCUUGGGAGGAGAGAUGAAUACAGGCGACGAGCCGCAAUGCGCGGCCUGUGGAGGACCUGGAAAGCCGAAGUUGCUUCGUUGCGCUCGAUGCAAGAAGGUCAGCUAUUGUAGCGCUGCUUGCCAAAAGGCGGCAUGGAAAAGGCAUAAAGUUAAUUGCAAGGCUUGA